GACCAAUUGACCAUGGACCAACGAGAAAAUUUAACCAAAAUGUUUGAUUUUCUUUAACGGUGUCGUUCGCAACGUUCUUUUCACAGUUUACCUCCGCCGACAAUCCAUCCAUCUUCCAUCGCGUUCCCCCCCCCCCCAAAUGCAAGCUUCGCCGGCGGCGCUUCAAUGGCCAGCUGCUGCACUGCUAAAUUCCGAUUCUCAAUCUCAUCUUGCCGCGCCGCCCGGUCCCCUCGGCCGUUUCCCGGCAGUUUAAUACAUUCAUUUCCGCUCUUUCACUCUCCUUUCGCUCGCCCAAUGAAACCCACAAAUCUCCGUUCUGUCUCAGCUUCAACCGAAGUUUCUGCCGGCGCCGCCUCUUCCACUCCCACUUUCUCUUGGAACGACGUCGUUCGCGUCUCUCAACCGGAGUUUAAUCCCAACGAUUCUUCCAAUCUCCGAGGUUUCUUCGAUAAAAUCAAAGCUUGCAACCGUGGCGCUGAAUUGCAAUCUGAGUUCCUUCCUUUUGUUGUCGAAGACCAAAUUGUUGGCUACAUACAUAAAGGUUUUGCUGAAAAUUUAAGGAGUUUUGAGGACGUUUUUAUAUUAUCUAAAGAUAAUUGUGAUGGAGGUAAAGUGAUGUUGCAUCAAUCAUUAAAAUCGGCCGAUGAUCGAACUAGAGCUGUAGGAGAAGUGAUCAAAUGCUUAGCUGAAAAUGAAUUGAUUCCAGGUAUAAGGAAUGAGUUGUUCCCUGUGACAUCAUCGUAUGGUGCCCCGGUUUUUUUCUCCCUUGAGCGUGCCGCUGCACCUUAUUUCGGAAUAAAGGCUUAUGGUGUUCACAUGAACGGAUAUGUUGAAAAAGACGAGCAAAAAUUUCUAUGGCUAGGAAAGAGGAGUCUCGUGAAGUCUACUUUUCCUGGAAUGCUUGAUCAUCUAGUUGCUGGAGGACUGCCUCAUGGAAUUGCUUGUGGGGAGAAUCUUAUCAAGGAAUGUGAAGAGGAAGCCGGAAUACCAAGAACCCUAUCCAGUAGAGCUAUAUCGGUUGGUGCUGUUUCAUAUUCAGAUAUCGAUGGGCACAGAUUCAAGCGAGAUGUUCUAUUCACUUAUGAUUUAAAACUCCCCGAAAGUUUUGUACCAAAUAAUCAAGAUGGAGAGGUAGAAAGCUUCAAGUUGAUCCCUGUGAAACAUGUUGCUAAUAUCAUAAAAAGGACAGAUUUUUUCAAGACCAAUUGCAACAUCGUCAUAAUCGAUUUCCUGUUCCGACACGGGUACAUAACUCCCGAAUGUUUUGGAUAUUUGGAUCUUCUUCAAAGUUUGAAGAGCGGAGAUUGCUCGUAAAUAUACUUAAAAAGACUUACAUAUAAGCAAUAAAAGGCGAAAGAUUGAAGAACCAGCGAUCUCCGAGCUGCUUGAUCACCCAGUAUUCUAUCUGAAAUACCUGCAAGCAAAAACAACGAUAAGCGAGAGGCACGAGCAACUCUAGAUACGACAUGGUUACACGAUAUGAAUACAUUACAUGAACGUGUUACAAGAUUCAUAUAACAUGAAUUAUUAUUAUUCAUCCUUUGAACUGUUA